UUCGCUUCUGCGCGGUAGUGACUCUGAAUGUAAGGAAUGCGUUUAAUAGCGCUAGCUGGUCUGCUAUUGUCGAUGCGCUCUUGCGUCUGGGGAUACCGGAGUACCUGUACAAGAUUCUCGGAAGUUACUUUCAGAAUCGUGUACUAGUCUACGACACAGAGGUGGGUCGGAAGUGCUUUCACAUAACCUCAGGAGUCCCGCAAGGUUCCAUCCUGGGUCCGGUGUUAUGGAAUGUCAUGUACGACGAGGUGUUGAGAUUAGAGUACCCAGUGGGAGUGGAGAUUGUCGGAUUUGCCGACGACAUUACGCUCGAAGUCUACGGUGAAACGAUCGAGGAGGUGAAGUUGACUACCGACCACUUGAUCAAGGUUGUGGAGGCGUGUGUGCGAUCCAGGAAACUGGAGCUGGCUCACCACAAGACAGAGGUGACGGUUGUUAGCAACCGGAAGUCGGAGCAGCAGACGGAGAUCAGUGUAAAAGAGUACACUAUCCUGUCAAAGCGCUCCGUCAAACACUUGGGCGUGAUGAUCGACGAUAAGCUUACCUUCGGUAGCCACGUCGAUUAUGCCUGUAAAAGAGCCUCCACAGCUAUUGCGGCACUGUCCCGGAUGAUGUCCAAUAGCUCUGCGGUGUACGCCAGUAAGCGCAAGCUUCUGGCUAGUGAUGCUACGUCCAUACUAAGGUAUGGUGGCCCGGCGUGGGGCACCGCGCUAAGUACCAAAUGCUACCGACGGUAGCUGGAAAGCACUUACAGGCUUAUGUGCCCGAAGGUUGCGAGCGCGUACCGUACCGUGUCACACGACGCUCUCUGCAGCAGGUCAGAUCGGGUUGCACGUGGGCAUCAGUUCUUGAUGUCUGCAAAGCAGUUGGGCGGGGUUGACCCUGCCCGCCUUCCGAGGACAAAGGGAGUGGCGAGGACCACUCGGGAAACUGGCUAAGCGCCAGCAUGUUACCGUGAUGGACUCUCCAGAGCGAGUCAUCGAUGUUCGUUGCUGCUAGGCUACGCAGCUAACCUUGAGGGUGCGAUGUGCACUAGCCCCUCUCUGAAACAAUACCUUCUUGGUGGUUCCGGAGAGACGUAGGGUUUGGCGACCAUAGGAAAUGGUUUAGUGGGUACGAGGAGAGAGUAGCCCUGGCUAUUACUUUUGUUGUAGAAGACGGCCUCAGACCUACACUACCCUAACCUUCUGUUAGGGUGUCUGUUGAGCAGAUUAUCCCCCUAUGGUUUAGAAGAAAAAAAAAGUAUCUAAAACAUCUAUUGUACUUUUCACGGAAAGGCGAAACCGUAAUGGCGUUCGAUCUUUGCGUCUUUUUGAUUCUGAUAACGAUGUGACAGAAUAGGUUAAGUACGUUGGAGUUAUUCUUGAAUCCAAGCUUUCCUGAACAUCUCAGAUUGAGUUCAGAAUCAAGAAAACUUAUAUGGCCUUCGGCUAAUGUCGGCGUACCUUUGGUACAACGUGGGGUCUAAAACCAAAGUAUAUAACUUGGGGUCUAAAACCCAAGUAUAUCAAAUAUUGACCUAUAGAUGUCAUGUGUGGUGGCAAAAGGGCGAAAUGAGAACUCUUCAACUCCCACGGCAGCGCUCGAAGUUUUCUCUGACGUUGCUCCACUACACAUUCAUCUCAAACAUAAAGCACUUGCACUUACCGCCUAUGAGUAAUCGGUUUACUAGAGGAAACUCUUGUGAAAUGCAGUUCAAUACACACCUCGUUGUUUCCACUUUUGGUGAAUUGGGACAAAGCUGUCCCGGGAAGAGUGGACAUCUGGUUAUCUGGAGAGAAGUAUUUUAGACGGCAUCGUAUGUUACACUGAUGGUUCCCUUCUCGAAGGUCGAGCAGGUGCUGGUGUUUAUUCUCGUGAGCAACGGCUGUAUCAGUUUUACUCCCUUGGUAGACACUGCACCGUUUUUCAGGCUGAAAUCUUUGCUCUUAUAUGCGGAGUGCAACCAGCACUUCAGCAGCACGAAAUCGGCAAAGCAAUAUACUUCUUUUCAGAUAGCCAGGCUGCUAUUAAAGCACUUGCCUCGGUCAACUCCAGGUCAAAGAUAGUUAUCGCUUGUCGAACUCAAAUCGAGGAGCUGAAUUCAGCAAACGCAGUUCACCUUGUAUGGGUACCUGGCCGUUAUUCCAUCGCUGGAAAUGUAUUGGCUGAUGAGUUAGCUCGCACUGGAGCAUCACAUGACUUCAUUGGCCCUGAGCCAGCUAUUCCGAUAUCGAAGUGUUGGGUAAAACUUCAGAUUCACACCUGGGCUGCCACUCAACACAGACAACACUGGAAAAGUUUGGAGUCAUAUCGUCUAACCAAAUUGUAUUGUCCGGAGCCAUCUCCAAGGGUGGCGAAGUAUCUUACAAAUCUGUCAAAGCAGAAUUGCAGCAUGCUGGUCAAAGCAUUGACUGGCCACUGCCAACUCAGCUAUCACAUGGCGAAUAUUCAGCAAGCUGAUUCAAUUUUAUGUAAUAGCUGUGAAUCCGAUUAUGGAACUUCGUAUCAUUUGCAACUGUCCAACUUUUUGCGCAACUGCGUUUCUGAGUAUUCGGUAAACACUUAUUAAGUGAAACUGACUUCAGAAACCUGAAUCUUCAGGAUGUUCUGUUCUUCUUAACCCGCUGUGGUCAAGAGCUAUAGACUCUCUUUCGCUUUAUGCGUUAUUACAGUGCCCUUUUCAGAACGCUGCUUGAACCAAUUGUGGCACGCUUAUGCGAUACUACCUUCUUCCAGGGUUUUUUCUUAUUUCCCUAUCUGUCCUUAUUCCCAUUCUUAUCCUUAUUUCCUUUCUUCCCCUCAGGUAGAUGAUGAAAUAGGCUUUUAUUAUGGCGAUGGCACGAAUGUCCCAAACGGAGGAUAACGUGCCUCUGGAGCCGUCCUUCUGAUACCUGAUAUCACCCAAAUCGUAACCUUAUUGCCAAGAUUAUCGCAACAUCUCGCGGGUGGCAUCCAAAACAACGAUCAUGACUUUGAUAACAAAUCUUUAUUAUAAUGAUCAUUACCUUCAUCACCUUCAGUGGCCCAUAAUUCGUGAACCUGUUCCAAGCCAUGUGUCCCUUCCACCGACGACAGCAUCUUCGUCUGCGAAUCACAGAGAAAAAAAAUCGCGUAGGUCAUGCACCGACCACGAAGGUAUAAGCAGCACCGCUGCGCGGAGCGCCCAAAGUUCCUGUUCAAUUCAACUCGCCACUUCAUCAGCGAUUUUUUUCGGACUGUCCCAACUUACACACAUGACUGCCCUCACCAACACCGAUUCCGUAACGGUUUAUUUCUUUAUUGGGCAUCGAAUUCGCAAGGAAAAAGUUUAAAACUUCCAACCUCAGUGCGCUUUUUAUUGUUACCCCUCGCUCGAGCCCCGGGCCAGACGGUUCCCAGCAAUAAUCGGCUGACCGGCUGGUAGACGUUAAAUUCGCGAAUUUCUUUUUCCACCGGCUCUGCCGGAAUUGACCGAGAAACCGAACGUGUGCGCGCGCGCACACCACCUUCGUCAUCUCGUUGUCGUUGUCUCGAUGGACCAUGCCAGUGAGCUCAUAGAUCAUAUCUGGGUGGUUUUCCGCGCUGCCGCGCCAGUUCAGCGCAGACUCUUGGCCUUCAAGCCUCUUUUCGUAGCCACGAAGAUUUGGGUAGGUAGCACCCGGCAACAGCGUUGAUCGGCUGAUUUUUACCAGGGAGGUGGUCCACGCUGAUGAGCACGAAGAAAGAGAAAGGCCGGGGAUGGAUGAUGGGCUGUAAAAACACGUCACAUUAUUUGGGACUCGAGCAAAAACAGUCGGUGCGGGUCCGAACGAAGAGGCAAGAAGAGAGUUCGCGAGUGGAUUGGCGUGGAAAUUACUUCACACUCCGAUCUGGGCUGAUUUGGGCGUUUGUUGCGGAUUUCAUGCUGCCUUCCUCGGCUCCGUAGGGAAAUGGGAUGACCAGAUUUUGACCGGGCGGCGGCACGGCAAGCGACUGAACGGACAGACGGAUCAUGUUUCAUGUCAUCCCAAGUGGUCACCGACUACUGCCGGGAGCUCUGUGUUACUCUAAUUACUGUGUGUCGCUUUGUCAGGCCUUUCUUCCGCACAUUUGGUUCAAUUUCAACGCCUCACAUCUUGUGAGGACGAUUUGCGCCACUAAUUCGCUAGCAAACUCCAUUCAACGGCCUCGCUGCUGAUGCGGGAUUAGGAACAGUUCUUCUACCUUCAUUAUAAAAUUAGUGGCAAAUUCGCACUGUCAUGCUAAUUCACGUAAACUUUAUUUCGUACGCAAAACUAUGGCAGGUUCGCAGCCCGAUACAUAUUCGCAAAGUUACGUGAACGCUGAAUCUCUCUUGGAACGCUAUCGUAUAGGUAAAUGACGUCCCACUGUGAGAGUAGCAAUAAAAAUAAAUUCACUUUUGAAGAAAUGGUUAGCACAAGGCUUGCAAUCCAGUUGAACAACAUAAAACUGACGAAUCACAGCAGUUUCGUGUACCAAUGCAAGGCAAUUACAACCUACAGCACACCGGUUGACAAGUGUGAACAAGAUUUACACACGAUUCGAUGGCUUAUUGGUAAGAUGCUCGAGAAAUUGAACACAUUUCUUAUAUUCUCAUUUCUGAGUGGCUGUUAGAGCCCGUUCGAAGUUGAUCAGCAAUAAAGCUAUACAGAAGUUUUCUCGAUCAGCCUAGAUAGCUGUGUAGUGUCGUUAAUGGUUGUCUCAACUGGCUUAGAAUAACACUACGGACCGCCUGUGCCGGUGGCAAGUGUCCACUAAACAGGUGACCCCUAAUGCGGCUAUAUGCUUACCGUGCCCAGGAAUAUAAAAUAACAACCUAACCGCUAACGGAGCCUGUGGAGUUCCAGGGCGACCUCCACAGUGUUUUGUUCUUACUGCGCUAACCAGAGCAAUGGUGCAGUGAGUGGACCUUAUGUUUCUCCGAGACAAUCAGCUGCCCUUCUGUAGUCUUAAACAUGAAACAAAAUCAGGGUGGGAAUACGAAAGUCAUGUUAACUAGUUUAAAUUUUCACCUAUAUGGUUUCCUACUGUUCGGUUUACACAGUAUAUUCUGUGUAUCCUCACCUUUGGCGUUUUCCAAUCGACGCUGCUAAUCUGUAUUGAGCUGUGAUGGUAAAGAGUUUAUUCUUGCAUAGUUUGGGUAGUGGCUACAGUUAGAAUCAAUCUUCAGCAUAAAAGAGCACCAACAAUCAAUCUUUUCAAACUUAUGAAAAAUGGUAUAGCCCAAGUGGCUUUAGAAGAACCAUACUUUCGUAAGGAGGAUUUCUAUCUAUGAAACCUUGUGAGCUCAGUGUUUGCCACUUUCAGUAAAAAUGAAAUGGCAAGCUGGCGUGUCAUGCCUCGAGCCUGUGUGCUUGUCAACAACGGAAUCGUUGCAACACUCGUCUUUGAUGUAACCACCAAAGAUUUAUGUGCUGUCAUAGUUGAUGUAUCUGUUGGAAACCUCAACAGGGAAUACGUCUAUAUCCUACGGAUGCUUUCAAACAAGUCAUCGCAUACUGCACUUCAAAAGGCCUUUCGCUAAUUUUUGUCAGUAAUGCCAAUGCUCACCAUAUUAUCUGGGGCAGCUCAGACAUCAAUUUGAGAGGCUCCAGUUUGAUGAAGUACUUACGUUGUUAGAAAUAGGCAAAAGAUUUCCUUCAGUGCUUAGUGAGCCCCGAGUUAUCCGUUGCAUAUUAUUCUUCGUUAUAUUCUGCCAUGGCUGCAGUUGAGUAACAACAGAAGAAAGGGGGAAGAACAGUUGUUGUAGUAUCAUGUCUAAAAGGUAGUUAGCAGAACAUCGUAACGAGAGUUAUUAAUGAUGCAAUAUUUGGGAUGUUGAGUCGAGUAUUGGAAGACAAAAAUGGAACUUAAAUUCUUGAAGCUGCCGAAACUGUAAGCUGCUCUCGAGAAGUUUCGCUUCUUCCAAGAAAUCACGUUCUCAACAAACUUCAAGAAUUUAAAUCGCUUCUGAGUCGACGCAGACAUGGAUUCCGGCGAUACAAGCAGUAUCCGUAAGAAGUCGAUAAAGGAACGUCUUAGGUUGCUAGAGCAACAGCAUCUAAUACGAAUAACACAGCUUGAGGAAGAAGGUAGGCGAUCUCGGCAGGCGUACGAACGGAGCGUGGAACGGAUCGAACAAGCGACAGCGAAAGCCAUCACAAAAAUCAAAUUACACUGUAAAGCUAAAAGGGACGCAAGAGCUAGGACGAGUGAGAGGGAAAAUGUCGGCGAAACCUUGCCAGUCGUGCACAGUUCGUUUAGUGACGGAACCCUUGUUGAGUCCAUCUGUAGCCCACCUGUACAGUGCGAUGGAAUAGCUUCUGCUCCACAUCGGCCGAGUAUCCAAAUUGUUCGGCCGAAUGCUCUACGUCACUUCAUACCUGGUACCGAGAACGAUGAGGAGGAUCUGCAUACAACAUUUAGUCCAGAGCUGGCUGGUGGAAUCGAUGCGAUCGAAAACUUCCGUAGUAAGGAAGGGUCUAGUAUGCAAACAGUAUUGCACUCUACAGUCGGUGUCAAGUCAUGCUUCCACAGUACGGUACAUUUAGAAACCUUAUCCAAGUCCAAUAGUUCCCGUAGUAUGGGUCAACCAGAAAUUGUAAACAUAACCACUACAAUUGUGGAUCAGUCUCUGAAUGCUGAGAAAGCGUAUUCGGUAACAAAACCGAUAACGGUCACUCAAAUUAAAAUCGAGACAAAUUGCGAUUACCCUGAACAAGAGCUCUCUCAUCACUCCUCUUUGCUUGAGUACAUUGCUUCGCGGAGUCGUAUGUGUAAGGGAGAACCAAUUCGAAAGAUCGUUGUCGUUGCCUUGUUUACAUGCGAUUCUUCAAGAAGCAAUGUAGUUGAAAUGGACUCACUGAUGGUUUCCAAAUACAGCUCCAUUCCAACAGAAACAGUCGGCCGAGUAUUCGUGGCUGAAAAAAUGGACUUCGAUGGUAGGUGUGAUCCACUACGAAAGAUAGACAGCAUCGGGUUUGAUCCAGGUGGGCUAAAGAAUGGAGCUCAGGUAAAACUGGUGCUGGUAAAGCGACCGAUAUGCGUGAACUAUUUGGUAAACAACAGUGUUCACGAAUAUUCUCACUCGGAAAGGCUAUCUUGGGAUGCAGCCCGACGUUUGGAAUCACCGAUGUGUAGACUCUCUAUUGCGACAGAAUCGUGACAACAGCGAUAAGCACGACGAACAGAGAAGAAAAACUACCACCGUAGCACCGAUCGGAAGAGUAGAUAGUAAUAGCCACGGUUAUGUGUAGUGUAUAUAUCGCAACCUCUAGGUACGAUCGUCGUCGGCUCGUGGUACCACCUAGACCGAAGUAGUUGUUAUCCAAACAGAAUAAUUGAAAUUUGAGGAAUGUGGUUGUGGAUUGGUAAACAUCAAUGAAUCCACUUAUUGAUUAUGUUAUUUUGAGUUUAAUGAAUUCAUUUUCUCAGGGUGUCACAAGUUUUAUGACGUUAGAUAAACAAGUUGAUGUAGUAUAGAAUUACGUGACGUGGAGGAUAUUUUGUGCUCAACGGAAAACCGGGACUACACGGGUGGGGGUAUGUUAGAAAUGGGCAAAAAAUUUCCUUCAGUGCUUAGUGAGCCCCGAGUUAUCCGUUGCAUAUUAUUCUUCGUUAUAUUCUGCCAUGGCUGCAGUUGAGUAACAACAGAAGAAAGGGGGAAGAACAGUUGUUGUAGUAUCAUGUCUAAAAGGUAGUUAGCAGAACAUCGUAACGAGAGUUAUUAAUGAUGCAAUGUUUGGGAUGUUGAGUCGAGUAUUGGAAGACAAAAAUGGAACUUAAAUGUAAGUUACUAAGCAAAUGUAAGUGUAAUAUAAACUAAUAAAAUAUUUGCAGUCUUGAAGCUGCCGAAACUGUAAGCUGCUCUCGAGAAGUUUCGCUUCUUCCAAGAAAUCACGUUCUCAACAUACGUAGUACAGAUCUUGGAUUAAUUAACAUAGGCAACCGCCCAAUCUUUAUGGUAUCUGCCAGAGAGGAAGUGUUAGAUAUAACGCUUUGCUCUAAUAGAAUUAGUCACGAGCUAACCAAAUGAAAUGUGUCAGAUGAAGAAUCUUUAUCUGACCAUCGCUCUUUUUUGAACAUUUAUAUGUUACUUCGCAAACUUUGCGUUUCAGGAAUCCUCGGUCAACAUACUGGGAUCUCUUUACUGAUUUGGAAACCUGAGACGAUUUUCGGCUUGACAGUCGCAAUUGCAAUCAAACGAUCAGAUAUUUUCCUUCAUCCGACGUUUCGAUGUUUAUUACAUCUUCUUCAGGGAAUUAGACAAUUUGGCCGUUGGUAGUGUUGUUAGAAGUGCGAACCGAAUUCUGCGAAUAUUAUUAGUGUUCUAGAAAAGGAUCCUACCGUUUUUUUUUUUAAAUUUUGCUUUAGACGGAUUAUGCUUUCACAAAGCUUUUUAAAACGAAA